AUGGGAAUAUUUUGGCCGAAACCGGCGAUAGACGACGCGCGCUGUCGGGAUGCGAGCGCCGCCUGCUGGGGCCCCUGCCAAGCCACUGUCCUCGCACUCCUAGAAGGGAAAAACGACUACCCAGGCACCGCACGCGAAGUCCUCGACCUCAUUUACGAGCGCAUGAACAGUGGACUCGACCAACACUUGACGUCCAUGAAAGGCACCUUCAGCUGGUGCUGCGAGGCCGAAUCCUACCUCGAGGUAUACCUCACGACGCGUGACACGCAAGACACGGAGACUCUGCGCAACAAUGUUGCUGUGCAUCUCGAGAAGGCACCGGCCAUGACCACGGCCUCGCUGAAGAGCAUCGAAAACAGCCUGCUAGCCGUCAACGACGCCAUCGGGCACCUCGCUGCGUUCCGCGUCGCCAUCAACAACAACUUUGUCGUCCGCUCGCAGGACUGGCGCGCGCAGCGGAACAAGGUGAUCCGCAAGCUUGACGCUGCCGAGACGUGCUUCCAAGCGACCAAGGAGGCACUCGAACGCGCUCGCAAUGUCCUGAAGCGCGACUCACACCAAGUCAACGCCAUUCAAACCUGCAGCCGAAUUGUGCAUAACUUUAUCCGGCUCAACAACCGCAACGUGCCGCAACUCCAGGCGCAAAGCGAAAUGCUUCUUGGGCUCUGCAGGGAUUUCAUUGGCAUUGCAUCCGUGCCCUGUAGUCUGUUUUAA